UGAGUGGAGCUGGAAAAUAGUCAUCUAGACAAUAAAAAAUACUAUCACACAUUAUUUGAACACCUUCUCUCUUUUCAUCAAUGCCAUAUAUGAGUUCCAGUUAAUUGUUCUCAAUACUUAAUUGUAGCAGCUAAGAAAGCCCUAAAAUUGUUUUUAACCAAAACACCUUUGGGGUGGCAUUUUUCUUUCCUGGGGUAAGUGGUUCUUUAUCGGGGAGCGAGCCACGUUUAAAAUUAUUCCCAAGGAAUUUUACGUUUCAACGGGUGUUAGGGCUUACAAUAUGGAAGUCGGGAAGGGAGUGGGGGUGGGUGGGUCUAGUUGCAUAUUUGGAGUCCACUUAACGCUAAUAGCUUAUAAGCACUCUACCAACGACAUCAAAUGAAAAGGACGAGAGCGGCGCCUGAAAUCUCAACAAUAGAGGGUGCAAGCACACGGUUUAUUGCCCUGCCGACGGCCUCGAUGCCAGACAUGCAAGCACAUAACUUCUCACACUUUUCUACAAGGGACGAAAAACGCACAGAACAUCCGUGACCACUUCACCUGUCAGUCUGAGAAUGUUGUGUGUUGCAUUUCUUGUCGUCGCUGCAAUUGUCUAUACAUCGGAGAGAAUGGAAGGCGACUACGGGAACGUUUCAGAGAGCACCUCCGCAGCAUUUGAAACCGAUCGCGUGGGUUUCCCGUAGCCGCGGAACAUUUCAACUCCGUCUCCCACUCUCUCGAUAACAUCGUGGUCUGUGGCUUGAAACAGUGCUUUUGCAGUAACAUCAGCCGCUAGCAGCAUGAAAUGAGAUUAAUCUUCAAACUGGGCACGCUUCGACCGAACGGACUGAACAUUAACUUCAAUUUUUUGUGACUUUGGGUCUAGCGCGUAUUACACUUACGCCGGCUAAAACAAUGGUUUUCCUAUUUGUUUACUUUGUACUUCAGGCGCGCCCUUUCCGUGCGUGCGUACGCGUACAGUUUUUUGUAUGGUGUGGCUAAAUCCACCUACUGAAGAAGGGCUAAGCCCGAAAAGUUUAGUUUAACAGAACAAAUUUGACACUUUUCAGAGCAUUUUAGCCUUAUAUCCGACUUUUCUUCAGUGUCACGUAUCGUACGAGUUUUUUGCUCAUUCCUACACGUACGCAUUGCCGACCUAUAUUCGUUCCUGAGCCCUGGGGCUAGUAUUAUUUUUCGUGCUUUUUACAUAACAUAUCAAUUUAAUCCAAAUGUCAGCCAUGGAGCCUGCCGUUGAUAAACUGGAAGCUUUGUUUCAGAAGGCUGACUCAGAUCUCAACUACAUCUCUCUUAGACUAGAAACAGAGUUUUCACAGCAGUUUGCAGAAAAUGGCCAGGAACAGCUGAAUCCCGUAAAGAUCUUACAGAGAAUAAACCAAGCCAAAACAAGAUUUAAACAUCUCUCUGGACAAGCCACCUGGAUACAAUCCCAACAGCAGGAAAUACAGGAUGCACUCGGGAAUCAGAUGCUGGCCUGUCAAAAUCUUUUACGUCACUCACAAAAAUGUGCAGGACUUAUGGUAUCAGACAAAAAUGAUGAUGAACUAUUUUUACGAGCAUCAGUGAACUGUUUAAGAAUAGAAACAUCCAGUUCAGAACAGAGCAGUGAUGAAGAUGACAAAGAAAACAAGUCUGUUAGAACAGAGAGCAUACAACAACAAGAAGCUGCUAACAAACCCAUUUGUAGAGGAACAAAAGAACUUCUUCCUAUCAAUGAAAAAGAGUUUUUGACAGUGUCCAAGCUAGUAAGGGGACGGGCGAAACUUCAUGAUGUUAACAAGGUUUAUGAAGUUCUGUUUCAUCACUUCAAGAAAAACAAAAACAGUUCAAGUCUUUCUCCCAAAGAUAUGACCAAAAUGGGACUCAAGGUAACUGGAGCUACUGGAGAAGCUAAACUGAANUAA